AUGAAUUCCAUGCCACGGAUGUUCGCGCGCUCGCUCCAGCAGUCCGUGCCGUCCGGCCGGGCGUGCUCGUCCUGCCUCCGUGCCAUGCGCCAGUCCCGGGCGCAGCUGCAGCAGCUCGAGAGCUCGGCAUCGCGAAGAUACCUAUCCAACAGCUCACCCAAGAGGGCCACGCCCCAGCAAACACCUCCGCCACAACCUUCGAGACAACAGCAACAACGAGCUGCGACGCCGGACCUUGACAGGCUGAAGGAGUACUACAGGCAUAAGAACCACACGGGACUGAACUACAUUCUCAGUAUCAUUCUCGGCACCGUAGCCUUUAGCUAUGGCAGUGUGCCCAUGUACAAGAUGAUUUGUCAGACAACUGGCUGGGGUGGACAGCCAGUGCGAGCACCAGGCCACGGGCCGAGCGGCGACUCCAUCGACCCGUCGACACGGCUGGUGCCGGUAGAGGACGCAAAGCGCAUCCGCGUAACCUUCAACGCCUCCGUGUCCGACAUCUUGCCGUGGAAGUUCACGCCGCAGCAGCGCGAGGUGCGGGUGCUUCCCGGCGAGACGGCCCUCGCUUUUUACACGGCCACCAACACGUCAGACAAGGACAUUAUCGGCGUCGCCACGUAUAGCGUCACGCCGGCCCAGACGGCCCCCUAUUUCAGCAAGAUUCAAUGUUUUUGCUUUGAGGAGCAGCGUCUCAAUGCCGGCGAGACGGUCGAUAUGCCCGUCUUCUUCUACCUGGACCCUGAUCUGCUCAAUGACCUCAACAUGAGGGGUGUUGAGACGGUGACUCUCAGUUAUACCUUCUUUAAGGCGAGGUAUGAUGACAAUGGUAACUUCAAAAAUAUCGCGCCAGCUUCAUAG